AUGGGCGACGCAGAGGACGCUGGUGGUGCACGUUCCGUGGAGUAUUUGAGGUCCUUGCUUCCUCCUGGAGUGGAAGGGCCGGAGAUCACCAACGUGGUCGCGCAGAUCAAGCUGAACGCGCCGCUCGACCUAGAGGAGCUGCACAGGCGUCUGAACAACGCGGUGUACCAGCCACUCACAGGCUUCAACGGCGUGAUCGUCCGCCCCCAGCGCCCCAAGGUGACGUUCACCGUCCAACACAACGGCAGGAUCCAGCACGCGGGCUGGUCGGGCACCGACGCGCGGCAAGUACUGUGGGCCUUUGCUAAGAAGGUGAAGGGGAAGCUUGGGAUCAGCGAGGAGGUGCGGGCGGCGUAUCGCGUCGUGAACGUCGUGGCCAAGGCCUCGGUCGGGUUCCCGGUGGACCUCGACGCUCUGGUCCGAUCCACGGGCAACCUGGGGGUCUGCAAGUACGACCCCGAGAGGAUGUCGGGCGCGGCGUACCACAUGGAGUCGCCGAAGGCCACGCUGCGCAUCUGGCGGAGCGGGGCGGUCAAGAUCAUGGGCGCGAAGUCCGAGCUCGGCGCCUGGGAGGCCUUUUGCAGGAUAUAUGUCGUACUGUGUCCGUGCCGGAUGGCGCGGGGCGACGCCGGGGAGGGCGCACGGGGGGGCGCGGCGGAGACGUCUGCGGAGGUGUCUGCGGAGAUGUCUGCGUCGGACUCGGACGCUGCGGAGGAGUGA